AUGUUAAGUCUUCGAUCAGAAUUUACCUAUGGAAUAUCUCAUCAUAUUGUUCCUGGAUGUGCACGAUUUGGUAUAAUCGAUGAUACAGGACAAUUACAACUUAUCGUUGCGACAACAACAAAUAAGGUUAUAAUUCAUGACAAUGAAAUAGUCCUUAAUAUAAAUGAAAAAAUUCGAGCAUUGGAAGUAACAACGUUAGGUGAGAAAUAUGAUGUGAUUAUUGUUGGUACAGUGUGUGGUAUAUUAAUUUAUGAUGCUUACAAUAAUACAACGUUGAUACAACGUGAGCUUAUUGAUGGUGUCAAUUGCAUACAGGUUGGGAAGUUUAAUAUUCAUGAUAAACUUAUCUUUUGUGGUGGUAAUUGUGCUAUCUGGGGUUUAGAUGUGAAUGGAAAGGAUGCUUUCUGGACUGUAACCGGUGAUAACGCCUUAUCACUCUGUUUAUCGGAUAUCGAUAAUGAUGGCUCUAAUGAGCUUGUUGUUGGUUUAGAAAGUUUUGAUAUUCGUAUUUUCAAAAAUGAUUUGCUACUUUAUGAAAUGACCGAAACGGAUGCGGUGACCGGAUUAUGUGAUUUGGGUAAUGGUAUUUUUGCAUAUGCUCUGAUGAACGGUACAUUAGGAGCUUAUAAUGGGAAUACACGUUUAUGGAGGAUAAAAAGUAAGAGUCAAGCUGUAGCAUUGCGACAAUUUUCGGAUCCUAGAGUUUUGGUAUGCGCAUGGAUUCAUGGUAAGAUUGAUAUGAGAGAUCCAGAAACAGGAGAAGUAAAAUUAAAAGAAUCAAUUAGCAAUCAAAUCGCUACCACUUUUAUUACGGGUGAUCAAUUGGUUGCUGUUUCCACAGAUGGAAAUGUUUAUGGUUUUAUAAUUGAUAAGAAACAGAAUGAAACUAAUGAUGGACAAAAUUUGCUUCAUGACCUUAAUUUACAAAAAUACGACCUACUGGCAGAAUUGCAAAAUUACGAACAAUGUAAAAAUAAUGAAAAAACAAAUGAGAAUGAAGGAAAUGAAAGAAUCAUUCCGGCUAAUACCACUUUAGAAACUUCUUUAACAUUAAAUGAUCAAUCGAAGGUACCAGCCGUUGAAUUAAAAUUAAUCGUCUCAAAUGAUGCUAUCAUCCGAGCAGUCAUCUUAUUCGCCGAAGGCAUUUUUGAUGGUGAAUCAUCUAUUAUACAUCCGACUGAAAAUUAUUCUUCCUGCAUUUCAAUUCAACUUCAACCUAUUAAAGAUGUACCUGUUGAUCUUCAUAUUAAAGCUUUCGUAGGAUAUGCCAAAAGCACUCAAUUGCACGUAUUUGAAAUAACACGUAAUAUUCCACGUUUUGUAAUGUAUGCAUUAAAUACCGAAAAUGCAAUGCAACCGGAAGGAAAAGCUGAGUUUCAUAUUAACGAACGACCGCCACGUUUAGCAGUUUGGAUUAAUAGCAACUUUCUGUUAACUGAUGAAAUUCUAUGCAAUGAUGAAUUCAAGCUAACUGUUAAUUUUAUCAGUUUACGAAACAACGAACCAUUAAUUGUUGAAAUGGAUGAAAACGGAAAGGUAAUAAUUCAAAAUAACGAUAUCGAAUUAGUUGGUAAUAUUAUUCAAUCAAUAGCUGAAAGCUUUGGAAUUACUGAAAUACAAACAACGGCACAAUUUCCUCAUGAAAUUGCUAAACUUAAUGAUAUUACAGAAAAGUUACAUGAAAUGUACAUUAUGCGUGAUCGAUUAUCUGCAACGAUAGCCGAACGAUCGAAUUCAAUCAAAGAAAUGCUGGUACGAGCUGAAGAUGCCCGAACUAUCAAUCAAUUGCGAUUGAUGAGUAAAUAUUACCAGAAGAUGCAUACAUUGAAUCAAGCGAUGAUAGCUGAACAUAAAAUACGUUGUAAUAAUCAUGAAGAAUUAUUGAAACUUCUUCGAAAUCUUAAUAAAAUUAUCGAACAUGGCUCACGACUUCGAGUGGGUGAACCAGCUAGUCGAUUGAUUGCAGCAUGUCGAAAUGUAAUUGUCGAAGAACAUUUUGAUAUGCUUCAAAAAAUUAUCUUAUUUGGUGUAUGA